AUGCAGACCGAUGCUAAAUCCUUUGACCGGGCUUUACAAGCCGUAUUAUUGAGCCAAUACCGCCGGAAAGUAUUUGAGAAAAAUAAACUACUUAUUAAACCGGUUAUCCUCUUUAAAUCCAAAACCAUCAACGAGAGCAAGGUUUUUGAGGAAGAGUUUAUUAAAGGAAUAAGAGAACUUACACCUGAAAAAAUUGGUGAAAUUAAGGCUAAUUCUGAGGAUAAAACCAUAGCAAAGGCGUUUAAUUAUUUAGAAGAUAAUAAAAUUUCUUUUGAGAAUCUGGUAGCCGAAUUACAAGAAGAUUUUUCGACGGAAAAAAUUAUCUCGGUCAACAGCAAAGACGAAAGCGUAGAAAAGCAAUUAGCCGUAAAUACCUUGGAAGACCCUAAUAAUGAAUAUCGAGCCAUUUUUGCGGUUGAUAAACUAAAUGAAGGCUGGGAUGUACUUAAUCUUUUUGAUAUUGUUCGCCUUUAUGAUACUCGGGAUGCCAAAAAUAAUAUUCCGGGGCCAACCACUAUUCGAGAAGCCCAGUUAAUUGGCCGGGGAGCGAGGUACUGCCCCUUUAAACUAGACAAUUCAGAUGACCCUUUCAAACGAAAACUUGAUAAUGACCUAGAAAAUGAAAUGCGAAUCGGUGAAGAACUUUAUUAUCAUAGCACCUAUAAUCCUCGCUAUAUUCAAGAGUUAAAUUCAGCUCUCAUAAAAUCGGGCAUUAUUCCCGACCAUACAAUUAAGCGAAAUCUCCUUAUUAAAGACGAUUUUAAAAGCACUUCUUUUUAUAAAACUGGUUUAUUAUUUCUCAAUUAUCCGGAAAAAAAUUUGCGAAAGGAUGUAUUUAGCCUACCCUCUUCACUCCGGAGCACUUUAUACUCAACUUCGCUCCGCACUGGAUUUAGUCUCUCUGAUGACCUUUUUGCCGAACAAACUAAAAAGGGAAUUGAACGAAAGGAAAAAGACUUUUGUCUCCGAGACUUUAGCCAAACCGUCAUUAAAAAAGCUCUUUAUAAACUCGAUUUUUACUUUUUUUCUAAUCUCCAAAAAUAUUUUCCUAACUUGGAAAAACUAGAUGAAUUUAUUUUGAAAAAUGAAUAUUUGGGAGAAAUUAAAAUAAAUGUUUCUGGAUUGGCUCCGCAACUCGAAAAUUCUCUUUCUCCGGAACAUGAAUUAGAGGCAGUUACCAAAAUCCUCGAACAAAUCGCUUCCAGUCUAUCCUCCCAAAAUUCAGAAUGA